AUGGUGCAGGAGGAAUUCAAGAUUUCCAAACGUCUUCGGAUCCAAGAAAAGGAAGAGAAUGGGGUGCGACAGAAACACGAAAUGCGCAUCCCGAAUGAGACACGCGACCGGCGAAUAAACAGAUUUAUGCUCGGGCGACUGCGAAGGAUAACCGUAUAUGAAACUCCUGGAAGGUUCUAUCUGGUAGGAUGUGACGCAUCCGGCACCCGAUUCAAAGUCUUAAAAAUUGAUCGCAUCGACUCCAAAGCGCUACUUACGGGUGAACCAGAAUGUGACUACUCAAAAGAAGAAAUUUUAGAGCUUCUUGCAACCAUCACUGAAGGAAGUUCAGUGGUCUACAGAUCCUCUCCUAGCCUGAAUGGGAAGUCAAACAAGAAAAGUUCUGCGGGUCUCAUCGAAAGGAUAAGCAAUGCUUUUGGUCUUCUGGGUGUCGUGCGUUUUCUUGAAGGUUAUUACCUUAUAGUAGUAACCAAAGCGAAUAUUAUCGCCAGCUUUGGCUAUCAUUCUAUCUACAAAAUUGCCGAAGUUGCGAUGAUCUCAAUAGCUAUGGAUGGCUUAUCAGCCUCAAAUGAAGAACAGCGAUAUGUUAGAAUUUUUCAGUCUGUUGAUCUGUCGACGGAUUUUUACUUCUCCUACACGUAUGAUCUUAGUCGAUCACUACAAGAGAACGUUCUGUCAGCGGAAUGGAAUCAUGACGGGCAACGUUUACUAAGCUCGGAUGAGAAGUUUGUAUGGAACAGCUUUCUCCUUGAACCUCUUCGCAACAACUUAGUCAGCGAGCGAUGGUUUGUGGAGAUAGUUCACGGAUAUGUAGGGCAACAGCUCAUCAAUUUGCCUUUCACCAAACUUUCUUUAACACUGAUUGGUCGGCGCUCGUCGCAGUAUGCGGGAACGCGGUUUUUGAAACGAGGAGCUAAUCUGCAAGGGUGCGUGGCAAAUGAUGUAGAAACAGAACAAGUGCUUUGGGAUGUGUCAUCAUCACCAAAUUUCAAACUCGGACGCUUCUCCUCUUUUGUUCAACGGCGCGGAUCAGUACCACUAAGAUGGUCACAAGAUCCAGCAACAAGGGGUGUGGUUGGCAAACCCCUUAUACUUAUUGACAUCCAUGAGCCCCAUGCACAGACGGCGGCUGCACAUUUUAGGGACUUGCGAAAUAAGUAUGGAAACCCGAUAAUAGUCAUGAACUUAGUUAAAAGGAGAGAAAAGCGCAGACAUGAGAGUCUGCUACACGAGCAGUUUCUCAAGGCAGUUAACUAUCUGAAUCAAUUCCUUCCACAAUCUGAGCAUAUCGCUUACAUAAGCUUCGACGUUGCCCGCUGCAAUAAGGCAUCAAGUGUAACUGCCAAUGUGCUAACUAAAAUGGAAGAAAUUGCUCUCAAGGCUGCACAGGCGCACGGAUGGUUCCAGUCAUUUCCUAUGCCAUACACUCGCACAAUGGAACAUCGGUUAGCUUUGCCAGAUUUUAAACCAGUACAUUCCGCAGACGGACACUUCUUGCUCCAACAUGGCAUAAGCAGGACAAACUGUGUGGACUGCUUGGAUCGAACUAAUGUGGCUCAGUUUGGUAUUGGCAGGGUAGCUCUGGCAUGUCAGUUGUAUUCUAUGGGAGUAUUAGAUUAUCCGAAUCUGUCUUUGAAUAGUGAUCUUUGCCGUGCAUUUGAAGACAUUUUCGAUGAUCAUGGUGAUACUCUGGCGUGGCAGUAUGCCGGCAGUCAGCUUGUGCACUCAAUCAAAACUUACAAGAAAAUGUCUGCGUUGCAAGAGCGCAGUAGAGACGUAAUUCAGACGUUAUCGCGUUACUACAGUAAUACCUUUGGUGAUUAUGACAAGCAGGCUGCCAUCAAUCUUUUCCUGGGUGUGUUCAGGCCACAGAUUAGCACUGAUGUAGCACUGUGGGACCUCGGUACCGAUUACUACCUUCAUUUUCCAACUUACAUAAAGGUAAAUACUGACUACUGCGCGUGGAUGUACGAUGAGGAUGAACUAGAAAAAGCCGUGAAGCUGGCUAUAGAGGCUACUGAGAAGACUGUGAUAGAUGAAAUAAAAGAAGAGAGCACAGAUGCCAAGCAACGUUGCGAUACCCUUGUUUUGCGUAUAUCGAUCAAAUUAUCAUCCACUGAUGAUUUCCGGAACUUCUAUAGAACCUUCGAAAUGACAACUCUAGAAAAUCGGGUCAAAGCUCAGAUAAUAGCAGAUACCCGUGCAUUGGCUAUCCAGGGAAUAAAUCAAGAUAACUCAUCUAGCGGACAGUUUAUGAAGUUAUUCAAGAGCGAACCCAAAGAAAAAUCCAAGAAGUCUAAAAACACUGAAACUGACGAUGAAGAUGAUGACACUUUGGAGGAAGAGCAAGCUGAUGAUGCGGUGGUAGAAUAUGAGUCUGCUUGGUUGCGUUUGACCAAUACGGCCAACAUCGAUGAAAAGUUGCACCGAAGCUUGAAAGCUGCUAAUAGUCUGGAAUCCAGUGGUCAGAAUGAACAGCCCAUUCUGGCGGCGGGCCUAAAAUUUGCAAAGGACAUUUAUGGAUUGGAAAAGCUCGGACCUUCACAAGAAACCCGCACUUUCUAUAGAAAGUAUGUGAAUUCAGGAGGAUUCAAGUUUAAUGCUAAGGAUUGGCUUAAUCAUAAGCCUACACUGUUGACGGAUCUCAAUAUACCAUCUCCAACUCAGGACUUAGCAGCACGUCCAGCAAUAUUUACAACUGAUGAUGUUUUCAUGACUUGCAUGCCUGAAGUGUCGAAGUCCUCGCUUAAGUUCUAUCAGAAGUCGUUCGUAACACUUGACGAUUAUUUUUCUGCAGUGGAGAAUCCAGCAUUUACAGCAUAUCCAUCGGUUUUUUGACUCAAGCAUAAGAAAUCAAUGGGUGUAUCUAUUUAAGGCUCAAGUUUGCUAGGCGAACGAAUAAUCUGCUUCAGUUUACAGUGUUUUAUAUCUUGCAAAGAUUGUAUCAAUGU